UCUCGGGUGAGAGACUUCGUGCGGAUGAAUCCCCCGGAAUUCUAUGGGUCUAAGUUAAAUGAAGACCCUCAAGAGUUCAUUGAUGAAGUCCUCAAGAUAUUAGCUAUCAUGGGCGUGAAGUCAGAAGAUAAGGCGGAGUUGGCGGCCUACCAACUAAAAGGGGUGGCCCAAAUAUGGUACAACCAAUGGAAGGAAGAGAAGGGGGUAAACUAUGUGGUGCAUUGGGAAGAGUUCAAAACGGCUUUCCUUAAUCGAUUCUUUCCUCUUGAGCUUAGGGAAGCCAAAUUGGUGGAGUUCAUGAAUUUAAAACAAGGGUCUAUGAGUGUGAGGGAGUAUGCCCUCAAGUUUAACCAACUUUCAAGGUAUGCUCCACACUUGGUUGCCGACUCACGGUCUAGAAUGAACAAAUUCGUGAUGGGUGUGUCCGACCUAGUGAGUGAAGAAUGCCGGUCCGCAAUGUUGAUUAGUGACAUGGACUUGUCCCGCUUGAUGGUCUAUGCCGAACAAAUGGAGGAGGAGAAGUUGAGGAAGAGGAGGGGUCAUGAGGCCAAGAGGGCCCGUUUUGAGGGCAAGUUCCAAAGUAGAACGGGAGGCCGGUUUCAUCAAGGUCAAGGGUCUUCUCAUGCGCUCCAUAAGGGGUUUGCCAAUGAUGUUCCAAGGGCCCAAGGUGUUAGGGGUAUGGGUCCUAUUGAUGUAUGUCCGAAGUGUGGUAAGGGCCAUGGUGGCCCGUGCUUGAGAAAUACCGGUGCUUGCUAUAGUUGUGGGGAAAUGGGGCACAAGGCAAUGGAUUGUCCUCGAAAUCGCAACAAGGGUAAGGAGGUCCGUCCACAAGGUGCCAAUGCGGUUCCUUUGGGGAGAGGGGGCCGACAAGAUGGUGCCCCAAGGCACAAUCGAUUUUAUGCUUUGCAUGGGAGGCAAGGGGUCGAUGAAGUCCCCGACGUCGUUACCGGGACCGGAGCACCGCUUGACCCUCGUCCUCCGCGUGGCUAAUACGAUUUUCUAUCAAGGUUAUUGGUGAGUCCUCCAUUCCGGGGACGUUGCUCAUGAUCUUUUGCUAUGUAUAAGACUUUUCUUUUAGUUAUGUUUUGACUAUGAGGGUGAGCCCGGUAGUUUGUCUUGGCCCCCGCUAAGUACUCAUGUUUAGAGGUGGUGUUGGACAAGUUGUGUAUUAUGCUUGAGCUUGACUCAUCUAUGGUAUUUAUGUAUCAUUUCUUCUUUUUUUCUUUUACUCCCUUAGUCCCGAUUUCCCCCUUUGAUU